AUGACAGAGAAAGCCGACGAUAUCUGCCUUGGAGAGAUUGACAGCCCCGAUGACUCCGAGAAGCCCAAGAGCUGGCCAGGUUCCAGGAAGUGGCGCAAUGUUCUGCUCAUUGCUCUAUUGACAUUUGUCUCCCCCUUUGGCUCUUCCAUGCUGGCCCCCAGUAUGGACAAAGUCAUGGCCGAGUUUGGCUCUACUAACACCGAGCCCGAGUCUCUCACGGUCUCCAUAUAUGUUCUGGGCUAUGCUUUUGGGCCGCUCGUCUUCGCACCGCUCAGUGAAAUUCAUGGGAGGCGGGUGCCGCUCCUCGCCAGCUCAGCAAUGUUCGUUAUCAUGAGCAUCAUCUGCGCCGUGUCGGUCAACCUACCUAUGCUUAUUGUGUUCCGCUUCCUCACCGGUCUUAAGGGCUCGAGUUCUCUAGCCCUAGGGCCAGCAAGUAUCGCAGAUAUGUUUGUGCCGCAGCAUUGCGGCAAGGCAAUGUCGGCAUGGAAUCUACCAGUUCUGUUGGGCCCGGCCAUCGGGCCCCUGAUUGGAAGUUAUAUAACGCAAAGCAAGGGCUGGCGUUGGAAUUGUUGGUUUUUGGUCAUUGUGCUCUCUUUCUGCUCAAAGAGUCGCAUGCUCCGACAUUGCUCAAGCGCAAAGCCCGUCGAACGCAGCAGCGUGGUUACGAUAAACCCGCCGUCAGAAAUGCUCCUCGACGGGCUAGUCUGA